GUUAUUUUGUCCUUAAACCUACAUUGUAAACGUUGAGACCAAAUUUUUUGGAGAAUCAUCAUGAAAUUAAAAAGGGAAAGAAUUUGAAGAAAAAAAUCAAUACUUGUUAUUUAUUGCAACUUUAAAUGAGUUUUUGUUUAAUUUUUAUAUCAAUUUGACCUUUUUUUUGAAUUGUGUUUGGACAAAUAUCACAGAAUUUUUGUACAGAUUAUCAACAAUUAUCACUACUCGUUUGACAAGUUUAGUUAAUCUGCCAUUUGCAUUUUUUCCCCUCUCUUUUUUCCUAUCUCUCUCUCUAUUUUCCUCCCUCUCUCUUCCGCUCCCUUUCUUCCUCUACUUCUUCAUAGUCAUUAUCAUCAUCAUCUUCUCUAUCUUUUAGUCUUUCUUUUUGUUAUUUACUUCCCCUUCUUCUUUCCACUUAUACCCGCCAUCAUCAUUGCCUUUUUUCUGGUUUCCUCGACAUCAUUGACUCCACCUUUCAUUGAUAUAUAUACACUUCCAAAUUUCUAAGAGCGUUCAUUUUCAAGUAGGCCUGUGAAUAAUUCACUUCUGUUUGUUUCUGUAGUCUUCCUAAAAUACAAAUUCACUUAAAUAUUUACAUACACACACAAAUUAUGGAGGAAGGUGAACCAUGUAAAAAACAAGGAGAACUGGACGAUGAUGCUGAAGAAGGAGAAAUCAUUGAUGAUGAUGAUGAUGAUGAUUCACAACAGCAUCAGCAACCAACAACAGGAGCAUCUACAACUUUAUCUACCAAUGCACCAUCUAUAACUACUACAACUACUGCAUUUUCAUACGGAAAUCAAGGUGACAAAAGUGGGUCCGGGGUGAUAACUAGUGGUUUAACUCUCAAUUCAGUUUCAGCGUCUACGAUUAACCCUUCAGGCUCUUCUUCACGUGAGACCUCUUCAAGGUCUUCCUCUGAAAGGAGCAAAAAAGAUGAAAAUAGGUCAUCUUCAAAGAAAAGUGACUUUAAAAAAGGUAGUAGUAGCACCAGUGGCAAUAACUCUGGCACAAGCAACAACAGCACCUCCGGUGUAGGCUCAUCAACAUCCUCAUCAACUUCAAGGAAUGCUAGUUCAGACAAGAGGAAAAGGAGAAAACAUGGGAAAGAUGAGGAAAGUAAAGAAUCUACAGGAAAUGACAGUGUUUCAACAAAAGAACAAGAUGAGAAUGGUUUGAGACCAUCUAAACAGCGUCGAGCCUCAUCAAGAGAACCAGGAGAAACAAAUGAGACAGGCUCAUCUGAUGAUGAGCCAAGUGAUAGAACUGAUUCAGAGGAUGAUUCGCUUGAUUUUAAUGAAGAGUUUUUCAAAGGAGUCAUCAAACAAAUGGAGGAAAUGCUAAAAACAACCAAAGACACCAAAGGACAAAAAAAGAAGCGAGAAAAGUUAGAGAAAAUGAUGGAGAAAAUUAAACGUAUUCAAGGUGGAUCUGAUACUAGAGAAAUGAGAGAAAUUGUCCGGCAAAAUAGAAGACUGUUUCGUCCAGCAUCAAGAGAUCGUGAUCGUGAUAGAUUCGACCGCUUCGGGCCUAGAGGCUUUAGAGAAAGACGAGGCCGAGGUGGACGAAUGAGAGAUCGGAUGGAUCGGAUGGACAGAAUGACUUGGCGAGACCGUGAUCGUCGUGAUUUUCGUGACCGUGAUAGAGAUCGCGAUCGAGAUAGAUUUAGAGACAGAGAUAAGAUGAUGAAUUUAGAUCAAUCCGCACAUCAUCAUCAUCACCAUCAUCAUCAAGCACAAUCACAAUCGCAACCACAGUCACAGUCACAACAGCAACAACAAUCACAGCAAGUCUCAUCAGUUUUACCAUCAUCUCAAACAACGACUUCAGCACCAGCAUCAGCAUUUGUAACAACAACAACAACUUCAUCAACUACCGCACCCUCAUCUCAAAACCUUCCUGUGAUUCCUCAGCAUCAAGCAUUGAAAGAAAAUGACAGAGAACGUGAAAAAUCGCCCAAAAAUACCUGUAAAUUUUAUCUUGAUGGUAAAUGCCAUAAGGGAGCUGAUUGUCCAUUUCCCCAUGAUGCACCACCUCCCAAGAAAAAAGACAUUUGUAAAUUCUAUCUUCAAGGUUUUUGUGGCAAAGGUGAAGGUUGCCUAUUUAUGCAUGGUGAAUUUCCUUGUAAAUUUUACCACACUGGUGCUGAAUGUUACUCAGGAGACAAAUGUCGCUUUAGUCAUGAACCUCUAACUGAGGAUACUCGAUGUUUACUUAAAAAUUAUCUUGAUUCCGGUGAAUUGCCUGACGAGAUUAAUCGUGGAGAUGGUUCAAAUCAUCAUACAAAGCCAAAACGACCUGCUAUUCUUGGUGAUCCUACACAAGAAAUGAGAGUCUCUUACUACACAUGGCUAUGGCAACAAGAAAUGAAAGAGUUAGAGAUUGGCUAUACAGGUACAAAGAGAAAUUUAUUCUGCAUUGAUAAAGAGUUUAUAAUUGCAGAGAAACCUCCCGAGCCUGAUGGUAUUCAUAAUUCUUAUUAUCACGAUGACUCCAGAGAUAUGAGGCCAGGUCAUGGUGCUGGACCUAAAGUUUUAUCGUAUUAUAUUGACACCAUGUCUGAUCCAGCUUUAAACACUGAACCUUCAGGUCCAGUUAAUGAUGAUAGACUAAUUGAGAUGAGCUUUCAUGAUGAAGAUUUAAGACUUCCUCCCUCAUCAGGGAUAAUACCAACUCGACUACCACCACCUAUGGGGGCACCGGGUCCAGCAAUAGUUGAAUCUCCAUCUCCUUAUACAAAUUACUCACCAAAUCAAUCAUCUUCAUCGAAUCAAAUUAUAUCACAGCAAUCUAAUAUAAAUCCAAUUUCUUCUACACCCUUUGAUCCUCACCUCCAUCAGCCAGCCUUAAACUCAAAUGUAUCCUCAACAUCCAUGGCCUUCCAAAUGCCGCCAGCAUUCUCAAAUAGUACACCGUCCAAUGCGGCGAUAGCAUCAGGUCCUCCUCCGCUAUUACCGAUGCAACCCGAGCUAGUUAAAGCUAAUAUUAAUCAACCUUCUUCCUUCUCUUCGUCUUAUGUAAAUAAUCACCACUCUGCUUCUAAUUCUGUGAUGUCGGAAGAGAUGCCAUUACCUCCAUUGAAAGAAAAUCUUCCUCCUGUUACUAGUUUUCCCUCUUCAUACCAAGAAUCAUCUAAUCUUGGCCCUCCUCCUCCCUUAUACGCUGUAAAUAAUUUCAAUGGGCCACCGUCUAUAGUGUCUCUUGAAAAUAACCUGAGUUCAUCAUCAACCUCUAAUCAAGCCCCAAUUACUUCACCAGUUCAAUCAUUUGGACGUGAUGAUACUAAUCAACUUGGCCACGAAAAUUUGCCAAAUUCAACAUCAAGACAGCAUCAAAACUUAAACUCAUUUAGUUCCUCUCUAGAAUCAACUGAAUCUGUUCCUAGUUCAGUAACGAUAAAAACAGAACCUGGAACUAAUAUUCCUGACAAUUUGCCUCUGGCGGCUCGCAAUUUGUUGCAACGUUUGUCGAAUAAUCAAAAAACUGGUGCUUCUGAAGACUCUGAAUCCGGUGAUCUACUGAUAAAUGAGUCAAACAUUAAAAGUGAGAUAACUUCCAUGGAUUCAAUUCUUCGUCCUCCUGAUUUAGCCAAAACACUAGAUGAUAAUCGAGAAGUAAAGCAGCUUUUAUCUGACUCUGAUGAUGAUACUGAAGAUGAACCUGUCAAAGCAGCCUUGAAAAAUUUAAAAGACACUCCAAAUAUCCCCGCAACUAUAAAACCUCAUGAUUCUUUGACAGAGAAAAAACCCAACAAAACAAAGCUAGAUAUCGCUAAAAUGUUAAACGUGAUUCGUCAAACGACAAUACAAGUAACCUCAACUCAACCCACUAAUACAACGAAUGAUAAACAUGCUGAUUUUUGGCAAAAUAUUCUUAGUGGAACCAAUUUAGCAAAUACUUCACCUGCAACUUUAGGAUCAUCUAACUCUCAACUUGACUUUAGGGAUUCCCGAUCUAAAGGAUCAGAUACUCCACCUUUACCUGGAAGUGAACCUCGUGAUCCUAGAUUAAAACGUUCUAGCAAAGAUUCACUAAGUGACUGUAAUUCUUCCUUUAGUGCAGAUUCAAUUAUUGGUAAAUCAUCCGAUACAGAAUUUAAAAGUGACUUUGAUUAUCGCUUAUAUUCAAUCCCAGCGCCAAAGAUUGACUAUUCACCAUACGAAGGAUUAUUCAACUCUGAUGUCAAGUUAAAAACAGAUCCUCGUUUACAGAGUUUCUUUAAAAAAAAUUAUUCCUCUGGUAGUGCACAUGGUUGAAUUGCAAAGUUUCUACUAAAUUAAAUCAAUAAUUUUUACUUUAUAAUAACACUCUCAUCAUCUCAACCUUGUAGUCAUCAUUAUGUUCUUUACUCAAAUUAAUUUUUCUCUUGCACUCAUUCUUAAGUAAAAAACUCAUCCCAUCAUUUCAACAGAUAUUUAUCAUGUAAUAACUUCUAUUUCCCUAUCUUUUGUUUAUUUCCCAAAGUAUCACUGAGUGUCAAUGAAUUUGAAAUAAUAUGUAUUAGAACGCAACAGUUUUUUUUGAGCUGACUAUUCCAGUAUUCAAAGUUAAUUGUUGAUCUUUGAUGGAAGCUAAAUAAAUAUUUGUAAGCUUUA